UCUCCGACAACGCCACCGACCCCAGUCCUAUAUUUCCUCAAAAUCAUCCCACUUUUUCUUGAUUUUCUUCAUUCGAUGCCGACGUUAAUUCUUUCACUAAUCACCUCACCAUAUCCUCGAAUUAUCUCGACUCAUUGAAGAAAGAAGCCCCCCUUUAUCAAAUUAUUAAUAUUAUUUCUUUCGUUGCAUGCAUAUACUAAUACUCACCAACAUUGUUUGAAGAUAUGCGACCUGCAGAAUGAUAGGAGAAGUUGCCUCUCUCCUAAUUCUCCUUCCCCCCAGUUAAAAUUAUUCUGCAAAGGAGGAACCAACCCCUUUCGACAAAUUUGAUUGUGAUUGUGCACGCCAAUUUGUUUCUGAUCCGUACGGCUUCCCAAAUGGGAACAAAAAUGAAGGGGAUAUAUAAAGGAGUCAAAUACAGCAUCACUCAAAUGUUUGUUAAGGAGCCAGAACUGGAAAUUGGGGGCCCCACUGAUGUGAAGCAUGUAGCACAUAUUGGGAUGGAUGGCUCCUCCGGAAAUGCACCCUCUUGGAUGAACGAGUACAAGACAGGGAGUGAUUUUGCAGCAACAUCCCUUGGUAAUUCUGUCUCCGGUUCGGGAUCAGCCGGCAUGUCUCCCUGGUCAUCUCGAGAACUUGGUGAAUCCCAAUCGGGUGAAACCUCGACGGAGGUUGCUGGCGUGAAGAAGAAGGAGAGGAGGAAGAAGCCGAGAUCGAAUAACUCUUCUCAAUCCAACAACGGCUCUUGUUCAUCAAGGCCUUCAAGGCAAGGAAAGCCAAAAACCAAAUUCAUUGAAGACAACGCCAAAACAACAAACAUCCAAGUUGUAUAAUCAAAUCAUCUAAUUCAACUUGUGAAUUUCUUCCAUUCUGUCCACUUAUUGUCUUAUUCUGGAACACAAAUACAAUGGGUGGGGCUAUAAAAGAUCAAACAGUACAUGUAUAUAACAAAGAUUGAUAUGAGAAACUAAAUAUCUUUUUUUCUUAA